GGCUGGGAAGAGAAACGGGAGGAGGGACAGGAGAGUGGAUUCGAGUCGGCCAUGUCGGUGCACCGUGAGUUGUCGAAGGUGUUUGCGGCGACGACCAGGAAGUGUGCGGUGCCGCUGACGUACACGCGUGAGGAGCUGACGCCCUUCCAGGCGUUCUGCCGCCGCACCAUCUGGCCCGCCUUCAUGAAGUUCUACAAGGCGCCCAUCGAGCGCUGGGACAACGCAUUCCUCACACGAUAUAUGAGAGAAAGGGGUGAGUGAGUGACUCAGGGGAGGGGAGGGCAGGGGAGGGUAGGGGAGGGAGGGGCAGCACAGCACUGGUGUGAUCUCUGCCCGUUUGUGUGUGGCGUGCCGGCGCCCGCCCUGUUUGAAUCAUUGGCUCGCUCGUUCAGGCAUGAUGUACGAUGACCACAUGCGGCCUCAGGAGCCGAUCGUGGAGCGUGCCCUGGAGCUGCUGCCACCCGAUCUGAUGCAGGCGCGCUACCGGCGUCUGAUGCGCGUGGCGUUUGUCGAGUGGACCAAGACGCAUCUGCCCUACGAGAUGCAGAACUACGACCCCUACAUCCCUUACAUGGCGCCCUACAUCGAGGAGGCCAAGUUCCAGGUAAGUAUGCUGUGUGUGUGACACUCCAUGUGGAUGGCAGGGAGAGAGUGAGUGAGCUGAGUACGAUUGGCUGCUUGCUUGGUCGGUUGGCUGGCCAGAUCCAAGAGGAGGAGGAGCUCCUGGGCUUCCACCCCUGGGACAGAAAGCUCUGGAAGGGUAUGUAUGUGUCUACGCACCCCAUCCACACGAACACACUGUGUGUGUGUUCAGGUGGUGUGACGGGUCUGGGUGACUUCACCGAUGGCGGGCAAAUAUCGAACAUCGGCGCCAACCGCAUCCUCAUGCACGGCCACCCUGAGUACCACGAUAUGGGCGAGCGCCGAUGAGCUAGUUGAUCGAUCAGAUCAAGGACAGAAAGAAAUGCCUCACCGCCUCUCCCCUUGACUCACUGCACCGCGCUGCCACGCCACACACAUGCCGUUUUCUGUGGCUUGAUUGCAUUGCGUGGAUGUGUGUGCAAGGGGAGGGGGAGGGGCGGCUUUGAGGCGAGCAGUGCAG